AUGUUUCCGCCUGGUGAGAAAUGGGACGUCGCCCGACCCGGAAGCAUUCGUAUAGCGCGGUGUCCGAGAUCAACAGCGGCUAGCAGCCGCGAGAAGGCAUCGUGGAUGGCGCGAUACUCAGUCCCCACAUCCAAGGCCACGAGGCCGCAAACUUCAAAGUCGUGGACCGACGCGAGUGGAUCCACACGGGAUGCCACAAGUUUGAGACUCAGUCAGGUCUCGUGGAGUCUAGAGCAAUGA